GGCGAGCCUGGAGCGGCCCGCCGGAUAACCUUUGUGAUCAGGGCCCAGGAGGGGUUGGUGCCAACCAAGACCAACGCCUUCGACGUGAGCGCCCUGCUGGUCUUGUUGAGACAGCGCUGGCUUGCCCGCUGCGUGGGGGCGCUGGUGCGGCGCCGCGGCCCGGGGAAGCGCCUUCUCGAGGUCGAGUGCGUGGCCUUCCAGAGGAGCUUCAGGACAGCCUUGAACGCCGUUGGAGCCUGGGAAUUGCUGGCCACGCUCUACUGCCCCCGCCAUGGAGGCGCCGGCCACGACCGCAGCAUGGCCGCCAGAACCUUGGAGGGCGUCCAACAGAGGGGCGGGUGGCGCGCCUUCAAAAGCGUCGCCCGAUACGAGAGGCACGGGAGAGCCAGUCUAGAGUUGCAGAAGCUCGGCGAGGCGCGCGUGCGCCAGUUGCGCCGGCGCGCGGCUGGCAUUGUGCGCGCCUUCAAGAAGUGCUUCGCGCAGCGCUGCGGGCCUCCCACGGACGGUAGUCACAAGUGGUGA